UUCAUUCCCAUUAGAAACUGAAAACAACAUACUCAGGAAAAUAUGUCGCACUUAUAAGCCUAAGUAAAUGUGCUGAAUGUGAAGAAUCAGGUCCCAAUUAAUUUCGAAGAUACGCGAUACACGGUUUUUAUUAGUGUUCGUUCGUUUUAAUCUCUGAAACUAUAAAGAUGACAUUUAUGUUUUGAAUUGUUGAUAAUGCGCUCUUCGUACUAGUGACGCUGAAACGUGCAAUUUUAAAGCCCCGUGCAGUGUUAUGCAAUCAUGCGUGUGCCAGACAAUAACAAUUUACCGAACUUCAACGAUGGAUCUACGAAACCCCGAGAGGAGCUCAUUUCCAUUGCUACAAGGUUUUUGAGUAAUCAGAAGAUACAACAGAGCCCUUUAACAUAUAGGCAGAAAUUCCUAAAAUCUAAAGGACUGACGGAUGAAGAAAUCAGCAUUGCCUUUGAGCGUAGCUUCACUCCAUUGCCUGACACUCAGACAUCAAUAGCAAUACCCCCACAACAGAUAGUUCUUCCACGACCAACAUUCUGGAGCAGAUUUAGAGACAUUGGCAACAGUAUAGCACUAAUAGCAGGUGCUCUCUAUGCAUUAUAUCUGUUCUAUAAGAGAUUCUUACACUCAUUUUUCUUUGGGAAGAAAAAGAAGAAAUCUCUUGAAGAUUCUAUUGUGGACUUAGAGAAAUCAUUGACAGGGAAAGUAAAGAGUGUGCAGGAUGAUGUGAAGAAAACUAGUAUUGAAAUUGGACAUUUAAGCAACCUAGUACAAAAUGCAGAUACAACAAGUAGGCACAUCCAAGAUCUAAAGGCAGAGUUCUCCUCACUCAAGAGUGUGCUUCUUAGUGGGUCACAGUUUCCUGUGCCAAAACAGACUCCAUUAGUAUCAACUGCAAUUCCUUCUUGGCAGAUGCCUCAAAAAGAGGAAGGUGGUACAGGGGUGCAAUCCAAGACUGAAGGCGUCAGUGAUGAGGCUUGUGGAUCAGGCUCAAGUGAUCCUGAAAUGAUAAAUAACAAUGGAAGUGAUAGCAGUAUGGAGUUAAUCAGAGAAUAGCAUCUCGUAACGAUGUAGCAAUAAAUGUGGCAUCUUGUAGUUCAGAAACACUGUAAUUUGCCAUAUAUUAUAGUGACACAUUAUCAAUACUUUAAAUGACUGCCAUAAAAUAAGUCAUUGCUCAAUGAUUUUGUAAAACAAAAGUUUUCAGAGCACCAGCAGUGCAGUUUUUU